AUGCCCCAUAUCGGUGACCCCACGUCCAUCAGGCCAUCCAUCGCUGACGAUGGCCCAGCUCCAUUUAUCACCAAGUUCACCAACUGCCGCAUACCAAAGGGCAAAGAACUUGUCGAGCAGGACCUGUGGAUCGACUCCACGUCCGGAAAGAUCCUCAAGGACCAGGAAGCCUUCUAUGAGUUGAAGCUGUCGCCCGACCAGGUCAUUGACCUAGGUGGCCGCAUCCUUGCGCCAGGCCUGAUUGAAAGCCAGCUCAACGGUGCUUAUGGAUUUGAUUUCUCUGUUCCACAGAGCUCUCGCGCUGAAUAUGAGGAGGGUUUGAGGGCGGCGACUAGAGCUUUGGCCCGUACCGGUGUCACGUCGUACCUGCCCACGCUCGUCAGCUCGCUUCCGGAGGUUUACCGCAAGGUCCUCCCGUCUCUAGGGCCAUCUGGAGCUAGCAGACGUGCAGAAGAUGGCGCCGAGUCGCUAGGUGCACAUGUUGAGGGUCCGUUCAUGACUCCGGGCCGACAUGGUUGCCACAAGGAGGGAAUUCUGCAGGCUUCAACAAGGGGAAUUAUCGAUGUGAUCGAAUGUUAUGGCGAAGAGAACAUUCCCGAGACGGAGACAUCGAUCGGCCAUGCCGUUGCUCCCAGUCCGAUCAAGAUGAUCACAGCUGCUCCCGAGGUCGCCAAGAUGACGUCCAACAUCCGUGAGAUCGUCUCUCGCGGGAUCAUCUAUUCAAUCGGACAUUCGGAUGCCACAUAUGAGCAGGCUCUUGCGGCGAUCAAAGAGGGAGCGACUACCGUCACCCAUAUGUUCAACGCGAUGAGGCCCUUCUACCACCGCGAUCCUGGCAUCUUUGGUCUGUUGGGUCAGAGCGAGUAUCGUCGUCCAUACUAUGGGAUUAUCGCGGACGGUAUUCACCUGCAUCCCACAACGAUCAAGAUCGCUUGGAACGCGCAUCCUGACGGUCUGAUCCUUGUCACAGACGCCAUGAAACUCUGCGGCCUCCCGGACGGAGUCUAUGAGUGGACGAAUGGCGAGCGCAUCGUCAAGAAUGGUGCCCGCCUUACUCUAGAAGGCAGCGACAAGAUUGCCGGUAGCUCUGCUACCCUGAUCGAGUGUGUGAACAACUUCCGUCGCUGGGCUGGAGCGACGACUGCGGAGGCAAUCAAUGCCGUUACUGCGACGCCCGCACGCAUGCUGGGCCUCGAAGGUAUCAAGGGCUCUCUAGAGAGCGGAGCAGAUGCGGAUCUAGUUGUUCUGAGCGAUACAACGGAUCCGUUCAGCGGACCAACGUUGACAGUCGACCAGGUCUGGAAAUUCGGCUCCAAGAUAUAUGAUGCCGGCAAACAGUGA